ACACACACACACACACACACACACACAGUUUCUCUCUCUCGCUACACUUUCAUACAGCUUCAGUUCGACUGCAGAUAUGUGGUUGAAGAAUUUCACUUUAACCAUUUGUGGAUAAUUGUAAAGUUCAGUUAUUUUAUAAACUGUGUGUAACGCCUGGAUUUUCUCACAAUUCUGUUUUUCAAUUAGUGAUGGAGAAAUUAAGACUGUUAAACAAUCGUCAACUUAAUUUGUGGCACCUUUACAAUGCUCUGCUCCUCAUUGUUCCGUUUGCUGUUGGUUUUAACCUCGACACUGAACAUCCCAGAAUUUUUAAAGCUCCGAAUGACAUUUCAGCAUUUGGUUACCAGGUUUGUCACUUUGGAUCUGGCAGUGUGCUAGUAACAGAUCCUCUCUAUAAUAAUGGCACAGGUAGUGUGUAUAGGUGCGUGUAUCAGGAUGAUCAGUGUGUUCAGCUCCCUAUUGAAGUCCAGUCAAAUGGAGCAUUUGGACUUUCCCUUGCUUGCACUGAACAUCGUGCCAUGGUGUGUAGUGCUCGUGUGCAGCAAGAGUGUGAAGGGUUUCAUUAUUUGCAUGGUGUGUGUGUGGAGCUCAAUGUCUCUCUCACACACUCUCACACACACAAACCUGUUUUCCAAGAAUGUCAUGAGAUUCCUCCACUUGAUGCAGUGAUUCUGUUUGAUGACUCUCUGAGUAUUUCAAGUGAAGAUUUCAGGAAAAUGAUCAAUUUCAUCAAAGAUGUAAUUAGAUCAUUCACCAACCCACGAUCACAGGUGGCUGUAGCAAAGUUCUCCUCUCGAGUCUCUGCAGUGUUUCAAUUUGAGAAUUUUGCUGCAGAUAGAAACGCAGAUAAUCUGAUGUCAGGAAUCACACAUAGUAAAGGAAACACACACACACCUUCAGCCAUACGCUUCGUACUAGAGGAGAUGUUCCAGGAGAAAGUUGGAAUGAGAAACAACUCCCAGAAGCUGCUGGUUGUGGUCACAGAUGGAAAAUCCAAUGAUAAAAAUGACAACUUCAGCUCUGUGAUCGCUCUGGCCAAUAAGAGAGGAGUGACCCGAUUUGCCAUCGGGGUGGGUAACGAGUACUCUCGAGAGGAAUUGGAACAGAUUGCUACGGAACCUCGUUAUGUGUUUGAGACACCAAGUUUCAGUUCUCUUUCCUCUAUUGUCUCACAGCUCACUGAGAGGAUCUUCAGCAUUGAAGGUACAAACGUGGGGAACUCAAGUUCAAUCCAGCUUGAACUCUCACAGGGAGGAUUCAGUGUUGCACUUUCUGAGGAGGUGAGUGUGUUUGGUGCAGUGGGAACAUUCUCCUGGUCAGGUGGUUUGGAGGAGAAAAUUCCAGAAUUGAACGCUUCAUUCAUCAACGCAUCGACUGUGAAAGACAUGGAUAACUCCUACCUGGGUUACUCAGUUGCCAUGGCAACAGUCUUGGGGAGUCGUGUUUACUUUGCUGGUGCUCCAAGACACAAACACACAGGUGCCGUGUUUGGAUUCACACAGGACGCACACAAACAGUGGAGUGUCACACACACUGCUCACGGGACUCAGCUGGGGUCGUAUUUCGGGGCGGAGCUAUGUGUGCUGUAUGGGGAUGACAUUGUGUUGUUAGCAGUUGGUGCGCCGAUGUUUUACACUGCUGGAUUUGGAGGAGAAGUUCAAAUCUGCUCUGUGGAGACAGGAGCACUAAACUGUUCGGGGGCGUUGAGGGGGUCAGUGGGGCAUACGGACGGCCGAUUUGGUUCUGCCCUCGCAGGUCUACAGGACCUGAAUGAAGACAGUGUGAUGGAGCUGGCAGUGGGAGCACCAAAUGAAGAGCAGGGCAAGGGGGCCAUUUACAUCUUCACUAGUUACAGGGGGGGCUUCAGACCCAAACACACACAGAGGGUGGGCGGUGCAGCAGUUGGGUAUGCGCUGCAGUAUUUUGGUUUGUCUCUUCACUCUGUGGGAGAUUUGAGCUCAGAUGGACUUCCUGAUCUGGUGGUUGGAUCCAAAGGAGCUGCUACGGUACUCAGGACACAGCCAGUUAUAUGUGUACCUGUGUCAAUCACACUGGAUCCACCAGUCAUAGCCCAGAACUUCUUUCACUGCUCCGCCCCUUACAGCCUCAACACUCCUAUCGCAAAGGCAACCUUGUGUCUUAAGCUAAGAGAGGUCUCCAGAGGAACCAUACAAGGUCCUCUCCAUGCCACUGUAUCUGUCUUUCUGGAGUUAGAUUCGGGCUCCACAUCUCCUCGUCUUUUCUUCUACCCAAUGUCCAGCAUUUCACAUUGGAAUACAACUCUUAGUAACAAGUCUGUGUGCCACACUUUCCCCAUCACCAUCCAGAGGUGUAUAUCAGACUACCAGGAUGUUCCUCUCUCAGGGAGACUCACAGUUAGAGGACAGACAGUGGGACUCACACAAGGCCUGAGACCCGUUGUGCACCCUGACUGUCCAAACACACACACCAUCACACACACGGUGUUACUGGAGAAGGUGUGUGGUGAAGAUCAUGUGUGCGUGUCGGACCUCAGUGUGUCUCUUCAAGUCAGCAGGAACAUGGUAGUUAAUAUAGAGGGUUUCAGAGUGAAUGUGUCUGUGGUGGUGGUUAAUGAAGGAGAAGAUGCCUCAGGCACAGAGCUGUGCUUCGUUCAUCCCUCGGUCCUGUCAUUCACUCGCAUCAGUCUGGUGGAGUCUGUUGGCUACAUUGAGUGUUCGUCCUAUGAAACAGGUGUGAUGAACCUCACACACACAAUGUGCAGACACGGCUUCACCAUCUUCAGACAGAGAGCCAAGAUGGUGUUCAUCAUGUCAUUCCAGUUGUCUGAUCCAGCAGCUCUCGGGGACCAAGUUGACGUGAAUGUGACAGUUAAAAGUAAGAAUGAGAAUCCAGGAACUCUGCAUGACAACAGCGCGAGGGUGUCAAUGCCCGUUAAACAACUCGUCCACUUCCUGCUGAGAGACGGUGGCUCCACACAAUAUGUCCGUUACAAUAACUCUGCUUUACUCCAGCACACAUAUGAGUUGACCAAUAAAGGUGUUCUCUGUACUCCAGUCAGUGUGGUGUUUGUGUUGCCAUUGGAGACAACCUCUGGUUUAUUAUGGGAUGUUUCUCCUCCUGAAAUUAAUGUCACUGAAGCAAAGUGUGAAAAGCCAAAGUUGCUGAAAAAAGACAACACUUCAUACUACAGUCAGAACUGCAGAGGCUCCAGAUGUCAUCUGAUUGGCUGCUCUGUUGGCCUAUUAACCACAGACCAGCCAGUCACAUUUAGCUUUACUGGAAAAAUUAACACACAGACAAAGGUGGACAAUGUUCGGGUGGAGAGUUGGGGUUUGGUCUCAUUUGAUCAGAAUCGAUACACACAGUACCUCAAUGAGGAAGAUUUACUGCGUUCAAUUGUAACAGUGGUAGAAUCUCCUUCUCAGCUUCAGACCACACUGAUUGCCUCUCUGUCUGUGUUGUUUGGUGUGUUAGUGAUGAUGUUCAUCUUCAUGGUGUUGUAUAAGGUUGGGUUCUUUAAAUCUAUAUCUUUUGAAAAUACUGCUCAGGAGGCUGGUGGACCGACAACGAUCUCUACAGAGGAGAAUGACUCCAACACACAGGCUGAAAACACCGAUGGACAAACAGCAGCCAGCAAAACACACACAGAAAAUCCCAACAAAUCCAAUAAUUGUAACGCUGCUCAUAUUGUAGAGGAAACAUCAGUUCUGUAGAGUGAAGAAGUGUGUAGGGUUAGGGUUAGAUUACAUUUCUGCAGAGCUGAUCCUACCAGAACAGGUGAAACAAUGGUGGGGGUCACAUCAUUUAAACCAAUGAAAUGAUGUAAACAGAAUCCAACAUGGAGGAGGAAAGAAAUUAAAAUUAAUUUGGCAGAAGUGCAACUUUAAAUGUUUUAUUUUAUAUAAAUAAUACAAAGAAGACCAGACAAAAAUGUGUAUCAUGACUAUAAUUAUUCAUUUUUAAUGUAAACAAACUGUUGAUGAAAAUAUGACAAAAAAAAUAAAUAUUAACAAAUAACAAUGCACUAACAAUGUUUCUUGCAGAAAAAUCUAGAAAGAAUGAGAUUGUUUCAAAAUAAUUCACUCAUAAAGAAUAAAGAAGUAAUAUAGAUAUCAGCAGGAAUGACCUGCUUGAGCUGCGAGAGCUGAGUGAAUGAAAACCAGUAAACUAAAUAUAUAUAUAUAUACAUACAUACACACACACACACAGUACUGUGCAAAAGUCUUAAAAAAUAAUUAAAUCUUUCUAUUUAAAAGUCAUUAUCUGGUGUGACGACCCGUUUUUUUUUCUUUUUUCUUAAAUAGUAGACCCAGGUGCAGUGUGUGCAGUGUUGUAAGGAAAUGAGCUGUAAGUGUUAUUGAGCAUCUUGCAGAAGCAGCCACAGUUCUUCUGGAGACUUUGACUGUUUUUUUGCACUUGCUUCUUUUUUCUGCAGCAAAACUCAGCAGCCUUCAUUAUGUUUUUUUGUCUGAACUGUGCUCUCUUAUGUAAUAUGUUGCUUUCUUUACUGACAUACAAACAUUCAUCUGUAACAUUAUUUUUUGGCAAAGUAAUGUUUGGAACCCUAAAAGGUUUUUGUACUCAGUAAUGCAGAAUUCAUAAAAUAAAUAUCUAUAACAAAUUGUACUAAAAAAAAUAGGGUUCCUAAAACUUU